GUGAGGGACAAAAUCAUCCAUUCAUUUUAUGGGCUGCAUGUUUUUUGUGGUUAAUAUCAUUUUUUUCAAUAACAUGGUCGCUGCUGAUGUUUUUUUUCAUAAAGCCAAAGUGGUCUGUUGUCCAUUGUGGUUAAGUGUAUUUUGGAUCGUAAUCAUAGCCAUUGCGGCUAUAAUUAUAUGCAUCGAUCGAAUAUACUCGUGUCAGAAGCUACCUCAAAACACCUUAAUAUUAGCAUGAAGAAUUAUAGAAGUUUCUUAAACUAUAAAAAGUUUAUGGAUAACUUACAGUGGUCGUUAAAGUGCUGUGGGAUAAACUCAUAUAAAGACUGGUUCAGUUAUGAUUGGUAUGACCAAAUGAAAGAUUAUGAAUGGGAUCCAUCCCUAUACAAGCGUAAUAAGAAAGAACCAUUGGUAACAGACAGCGUGCCUUUAAGUUGUUGCAAAAGUGGUUCCUGCAUAUCUAAUUACUUAUUGGAGCUGGGAACAAAUUCAAUCAAUACAAAGGGUUGCGGAAAACGUUUACGUCGAGUUAUAAUGUUGUCAAUGUCUGCAUAUUUAAUAAUUUUUAUUUUAAUAAUAAUAGUUGAGCUUUUGAUUGUAAGAUUUUUAAUCAAACAGAAUAAUUAUUGUGGAAAUCAUCGAUCUGGUAAAAAAACAGAAGUUAGGCACAUAAUGUCUGUAAACGAUAAAUUUCAUGUAUCCAGCGCUUCAUGUCAAUUAGAUCCUGAAGAAAGUGACGAUGAAGAGGCAUCAAGGAAUACUGAAGUAGAAAAUUUGAAAAUGGACAUGUUCAAAUAAAAAGUAGACAACUCUGCUUAGAUAAAGAACCAUGGUAUUUUUAUCAGUGGUGAAUUGGGUGAGAAGCCGAGGCCCAGAUGAAUUUUGGAGAAAAAGGAAAAUUUUUCGUUUAGCAGCGCACUAUAUAG